AUGGAGAGUGACACGUUCAUGUUCACGACCGAGCAGCCACCGCCACCGCCCCCUAUACCACCAGAUCAGCAAAGGCCCACGUUCAAGGACAAGGUACUGGGAAAGGGACCAGCUAAGCGACGAGAGCCUAGGCAGUUCCAGAACUUGGUAACCUCGGGGGUGUUGUCAAAGGAAAACGUUAACGGUGAUCGUUUAUUUCCCAGCUUCGAUUUUGUCGAGGAGGCGGAGUAUGAGAAGAUUUGUCAACCGUGGCAGGGAUGUCUAGUGGUGAAGCGACUAGGUAGGCACAUUGGAUACACUGCACUCUGCGAGAAGCUACGCUCCCUCUGGAAACCAGUUGGGGGACUGGAAGUUACAGAUAUACACCAUGGCUAUUUUCAGGUGAAAUUUGACGUCGAGGCGGAUCGCGAGACAGCUAUGACAGGUGCACCGUGGUUGGUCUACGACCACUACUUAUCUGUCAAACCUUGGACGAAGGACUUCGUGGCGGCUGAUGAAAAGAUUAAUACUACGAUGGUGUGGAUACGCAUACCAGGGUUGGGCAUGCAAUUCUAUGAUGAGGACAUCUUGAUGACUUUAGCCACAGGUGUGGGAACUCCGAUCAAGUUGGACAUGACCACGGCAGACAGGCGCUUGGGUAAAUUCGCGCGUAUAUGUGUGGAGAUUGAUCUAGAUAAGCCCGUCGUGGGAAUGCUGAGACUUAGAGGAACCUGGUAUAAUAUUGAGUACGAGGGGCUGCAUCUUCUUUGUUCAAAAUGUGGCUGCUAUGGGCAUCUUUCACGGAAGUGCAAGGUGGUGGUGGCUACUCCGGCGACGAUGGAGAACGCAACAGCUUCGCAAGAGGCGGCGGCUACCCCAAAGAGUACACCCCUGGAGAAAACCCUAGAUCCAGGAGUCAACCAUGCAUUCAAUGCGGAACCCAUGCACGCCGAAUCUUCUGCAACCAAAUCAGCAGUUACGGUUCCAGAUGCUGCACAUGGUAAAUGGUUGAACGUUGAAAAACCAAAACGGAAACAAAAUAAUAACCGUCAAUCAGGAACAGCGAAAUCUAAGGAGCCUAGUAAUGGCAAUAGAUUCCAAUCAUUAACCAGCCUUUCGGAGGAAGCAACAAAUCCCGUGAAGGUUGGAACUAAUGCGAAUAAUUCUGGCAACAGAAACGUGGUGUCCAAGGUUGUUGUGAAUGCCAAAAAACGCUCGCGCAGGGAUGAUGGUAAAUCGUCUCAGAUAGUGACUCAAGGCCCGUUGCAGAUCUUGGGGAAGCCACAAGACCAAAGUUUAGGUGUCUCUACAAGGGAGAAAGCGUCAGGGAGCACCUCCGGUCAGUUACCAACUAAGAUGAUCGGAGAUAAGGUGGUUUACGAUCUUGGAGGCGGAGCCAUGUCCACUGAAUAUAUGCAACCAGCAGGAGGUUCCAGGUACCAGCUCAUGGACAUGGGUGUGACAACUAACCAGCGUGUCAAUGAAGGGAACACAGCGACAAACCCAUCGGACCCAGGACCUAAAGCCAAGAUGAUGAUGGUCCACCAACAGUAG